UACAUAUUCUCGCAGUACCAGAAAUUUCAAUACUCAAUCACUUUGACAAUAGAGAGGGAAAAAACAAAGCUUUUCCUCCUAACUAAGAAAUCCAAAUCUCUCUCUCUCUCCUCUCCUCUCCUCUCUCUCUCUGUAUUCCCUAUGUUGUGUUGGGUUGGGUAUUCCCUAGAGCUUCCACAACUCUAUAUAUCCCCCUGCUUUUACACCAUCCAUUACAAAUCCCUCUCUCUUUCUCUCCCUAUAGCAAAGACAAGUCUCUCUCUCUCUCUCUCUCUUCUCUCUAUCUGUGUGUAGCAAAGACAAGUCUCUGUCUUCUUCAACUCAUUCAUCCAUUCUGCUGAUUUUAUGAAUGGAUCAUUCAAGUGGACAACACCAUGAAGCUCAAGCCCAACCACUGGAGAAUAUGCUGGCCAUUUCAUGUCCAAAAGUACAGCAAGAGAACAGAAAGCCAAUGAGGCCACAGCCAGAGCAAGCUCUGAGAUGCCCAAGGUGUGAUUCAACCAACACCAAGUUCUGCUACUACAACAACUACAGCCUCUCCCAGCCAAGAUACUUCUGCAAGUCCUGUAGAAGGUAUUGGACCAAAGGAGGCACUCUAAGAAAUGUUCCUGUGGGUGGGGGCUGCAGGAAGAACAAAAGACCAUCACCUUCUACUUCAUCUUCUUCAUCUCCUUCUUCAAAGAGAUCACAUGAUCAACCUCCAAGUGCUAAUUCUAGCCAUCUGAUGCUUACUGAUCCCCAUCUUCCAUCUUUGGCCUUUGAAACCACUGACUUAAGUCUGGCAUUUGCUAAGCUCCAAAAUCAAUCAAAUGGGCAGAUGGGUCUUUUUGAUACCCACAACAACUUUCAUAAUAUGUACUGUGGGUAUGGAAGUGGGAGCUCAGGGGAGGUUGAAAAUGGUGGAUUGAGUAAUUUUGAACAUUAUAACAGCAGCGGUCCUGCAUCUACAGCAAUGAAGCAAGAGUUGGUUAGCAAUGGAGAUCAGAAUAUGGUUUUGUGGGGUUUCCCAUGGCAGUUCAACAAUGGAGAUGGGAAUUACAUGGGUGAUCUUGAUUCAGGGAGAGAGAGCUGGAAUUUCAAUGGAAAUGGAAUUGCUUCAUCCUGGCAUGGGCUUCUCAACAGCCCUCUAAUGUAAGGCCUUGGAGUGGCUUUGUUUUGACAGAGUAACUAAACAAAGUACUUGAAUUACCUGUAAUCUUUCGAUCAUACCAAACCUAUGAUCUAGCGCUAUCAGUGUUCUGGUUAGAGAAGGCAAAGUCAAACUUGGAUAAGCUCUUUUUUCACUUGUUUAUCUGCUCAUUCUAAGGUGAAUUUUUCAAGAUCUUGAUUACCUAACAAAUCAAGAAGAGUUUUAUAA